GUGGCUUGAGAUUUUUGAAAGCAAGUUGUCAGGCACGAGCGAAUCGUACUACAGCACACACGCCGGCUGAGACACUACUCGAAGCAGGAGCCAGAGCACAAUGGAGCUGAAUGAUGGAAACCUUCAGACCCUCACAGAAUUUAUGCGUAAAACUCUGGACCCAGAUCCAUCUGUGAGACGUCCAGCUGAAAAGUUUCUUGAGUCAGUUGAAGGGAAUCAGAACUACCCUAUAUUGCUGCUUACAUUGUUGGAGAAAUCCCAGGACAAUGUGAUUCGGGUGUGUGCAGCUGUCACCUUUAAAAACUACAUCAAGAGGAACUGGCGCAUAAUUGAAGAUGAACCAAACAAGAUAUCGGAUCCAGACAGAACCACUAUCAAAGCCAACAUUGUCAAUUUGAUGUUGAGCAGCCCUGAACAGAUUCAGAAACAGUUGAGUGAUGCCAUCAGCAUCAUUGGCAGGGAGGACUUCCCUCUUAAGUGGCCGGACCUCCUGACUGAGAUGGUGACUCGCUUUCAGAGCGGAGACUUCCACAUCAUCAACGGAGUACUGCGUACUGCACACUCUCUUUUCAAGAGGUAUCGACAUGAGUUUAAAUCAAACGAACUGUGGUUGGAGAUUAAACUGGUGUUGGACACAUUUGCCAAUCCGCUUACUGAACUUUUCAAGGCCACCAUUGAGCUGUGUCAGACCCAUGCGACAGAUAUCAAUGCUUUGAAGAUCCUGUUCUCGUCCCUGACGCUGAUCUCAAAGCUUUUCUACAGUCUCAACUUCCAGGACCUUCCAGAGUUCUUUGAGGACAACAUGGAGACCUGGAUGUCUAAUUUCCAUAACCUGUUGACCUUGGAUAACAAGCUACUACAAACUGACGAUGAAGAGGAGGCAGGUCUUUUGGAGCUGCUCAAGUCUCAGAUCUGUGACAAUGCUGCUCUGUAUGCCCAGAAGUAUGAUGAAGAGUUCCAGCCUUACUUGCCUCGCUUUGUUACCGCCAUCUGGAACCUGCUGGUCUCCACUGGCCAGGAGGUCAAGUAUGACCUGCUUGUGAGCAAUGCGAUUCAGUUCCUGGCGUCUGUGUGUGAAAGGCCACAUUACAAGCAUCUGUUUGAAGACCAGAACACUCUCACCAGCAUCUGUGAGAAAGUCAUUGUCCCCAACAUGGAGUUCAGAAGUGCUGAUGAGGAGGCCUUUGAGGACAACUCCGAGGAAUACAUUCGACGAGACCUGGAAGGCUCCGACAUAGACACUCGGCGCAGGGCUGCCUGUGACUUGGUGAGAGGCCUGUGCAAGUUCUUUGAGGGCCCGGUCACAGCCAUCUUCUCUGGUUAUGUAAAUUCCAUGCUUGGGGAGUAUGCCAAGAACCCAAGGAUGAACUGGAAGCAUAAAGACGCUGCCAUAUACCUGGUCACAUCGCUGGCCUCUAAAGCCCAGACAGCAAAGCAUGGUAUAACGCAAGCUAACGAGUUAGUGAACCUCACAGAAUUCUUUGUGAACCACAUUCUCACAGACCUGAAAUCCCCGAACGUUAAUGAAUUCCCGGUGUUAAAGUCCGAUGCCAUCAAAUACGUCAUGAUCUUCAGGAGUCAGCUGCCCAAAGAGCAGCUGCUGCAGGCUGUCCCUCUUCUGGUGGCCCACCUGCAGGCAGAAAGCACAGUAGAGCACACUUAUGCUGCCCAUGCUCUGGAGAGGCUAUUCACCAUGAGGGGCCCUAACAACUCCACACUCAUCACUCCGGUGGAGAUGGCCCCCUUCACAGAACAGCUGCUCAACAACCUGUUCAAGGCCCUUGCUCUGCCUGGCUCUUCAGAGAACGAAUAUAUUAUGAAAGCCAUCAUGCGCAGCUUCUCACUCCUCCAAGAGGCCAUUGUUCCUUACAUCCCCACUCUUAUUGGCCAGCUUACUCACAAGCUGCUCUUGGUCAGCAAGAACCCCAGCAAGCCGCACUUUAACCAUUACCUGUUUGAGUCGCUGUGCCUGUCCAUCCGUAUCACCUGCAAAGCCAACCCUGCGACUGUGGGCAGCUUCGAGGAGGCCCUCUUCCCAGUCUUCACUGAAAUCCUGCAGAAUGAUGUACAAGAGUUUGUACCAUAUGUUUUCCAGGUGAUGUCCCUGCUACUGGAGAUCCACACCAGCUCCAUCCCCAACUCUUACAUGGCCUUGUUCCCCCACCUGCUGCAGCCUGUGCUGUGGGAACGCACUGGCAACAUCCCCCCUCUGGUGCGCCUGCUGCAGGCUUACCUGGAGAAGGGGGCCGCCACCAUAGCCAGCUCUGCUGCUGACAAAAUACCUGGUCUGUUAGGUGUAUUCCAGAAGCUCAUAGCCUCCAAGGCCAACGACCACCAAGGUUUCUACCUUAUGAACAGCAUCAUAGAGCACAUGCCCACGGAGUCCAUUGUUCAGUACAGGAAACAGAUCUUCAUCCUGCUUUUCCAGAGGUUGCAGAGUUCCAAAACCACCAAAUUCAUCAAGAGUUUCAUGGUGUUUAUUAAUCUGUAUGGUGUCAAGUACGGGGCCAUUGCUCUGCAGGAAAUUUUUGACAGCAUACAGCCCAAGAUGUUUGGGAUGGUGCUAGAGAAGAUAGUCAUUCCAGAGGUGCAGAAGGUGUCUGGCCCAGUGGAGAAGAAGAUCUGUGCUGUAGGAAUCACCAAGAUACUCACUGAGUGCCCUGCCAUGAUGGACACAGAGUACACUAAACUCUGGACCCCGUUGCUCCAGGCCCUGAUUGGUCUGUUUGAGCUACCAGAGGAUGAUAGUAUCCCUGAUGACGAGCACUUCAUUGACAUUGAGGACACGCCUGGUUACCAGACGGCCUUCUCCCAGUUGGCAUUUGCAGGAAAGAAGGAGCACGAUCCCAUUGGAGAGGCAGUCAACAACCCAAAGCUCCUGUUAGCCCAGUCCCUCCACAAGCUCUCCACUGCGUGUCCUGGAAGAGUCCCGUCUAUGUUGAGCACUAGCCUUAAUGCUGAGGCCCUCCAGUAUUUGCAGGGUUACCUCCAGGCCGCCUCUGUACAACUUGUGUGAAGACGGACAAACCUUUCGCACUGCUGCAAAAUGGAGACAACGACACUGCACACUGACUGGGCACUGUCUGUCACUCAUGGGCCACACUAAAACAGAGACACUCACCAGGACUGAAUGGACAGAAGACUGAUUACUUUGCUGAUGAUAGACAACGAGUUGACCUGUUUUCCUGCGAAUUUGGUAUUUUUAAGGGUUUUUAAAUGUAGUGAUAAAAUAAAUGACAGUGCGUUACCAUAAAGAGCGCCUCAAUUGUUUUUGGACAAUGGAGUCUCCUGUAUUGGCCUGCAGUGAGGUAAUAACAAAUUGAGCAUGGCUGGCUUCACCAACACUCAGCUGUGUGAGCAUCAUGCCUCAAUAUGACUAAUGUAUCUGCUUAUCUUGAUUGUCAUAACAUUUCAUUGCACAUGACAGUAUUCUAGGACAUGCUUUGAAAACCCCAACCCAGCGACCGACAUUGACAGCACUCUGGAGUUAACUGGCUGAAUUGGACUUUGUGGCUGUUUGCAGAAUCAAAUGGGAAAUGUUUAUUUUUCCUUGUUUUUCAAUAGAUUUCCUUUGUUUUUACAGGAAGAUUAGAGGUUCUGGUACCUAAUCAUAAUGCUUCAUUUUUUUCCCCUUUGCAUGUAGUUACUUGUAGCAUUGUAUUUAUGUCUGGUCUUAGUUUUCACACUGUCUGAAUGUUAAUAAAGAGACACUUGUAUACAUUCUGAGUUGUCAGUUACAGAUCUUGUCAAACCAAUAAAUCAGCUAAUUGUGCUUCAUGUAUAAGUGCAACAUAGUGCCAACACUGUUUCAUGAGUUUAAAUAAAAGGGAACUGAAAUGUUU